GGCCGCCGGGGCUAUAAAUACCGGCGGCUCCGCCUCCCGCUGUCACUGCGGAGGAAGAGCCGAAGACAUCUCUGUUCACUGCGCUGCGCUUGUGUUAAUAAAAGAUCAUUAAAAUGGCGACCGUGAAGGACAAGCUGAUCGAGCACGUGAUGAAGGAGGAGCCGACUGGCCCCCAGAACAAGGUGACGGUGGUGGGCGUGGGCAUGGUGGGCAUGGCCUGUGCCAUCAGCGUCCUCAUGAAGGAGCUGGCCGACGAGUUGGCACUGGUGGACGUGAUUGAGGACAAGCUGAAGGGGGAGAUGAUGGACCUGCAGCAUGGGGGGCUCUUCCUCCGCACCCCCAAGAUUGUCGCUGAUAAAGAUUACAGCGUGACGGCCAACUCCAAAGUUGUGGUGGUGACUGCAGGUGCCAGGCAGCAGGAGGGAGAGAGCCGCCUCAACCUGGUGCAGCGCAACGUCAAUAUCUUCAAGUUCAUCAUCCCCAACAUUGUCAAGUACAGCCCCAACUGCAUUAUCCUUGUUGUCUCGAACCCUGUGGACAUCCUGACCUAUGUGGCCUGGAAGCUGAGCGGCUUCCCCCGCCACCGCGUGAUCGGCAGCGGCUGCAACCUGGACUCCGCCCGCUUCCGCUACCUGAUGGGCGAGCGGCUGAACCUGCACCCCUCCAGCUGCCACGGCUGGGUGAUCGGGGAGCACGGCGACUCCAGUGUGCCAGUAUGGAGUGGGGUGAACGUGGCUGGGGUGUCCCUGCAGACCCUGAACCCCACCUUGGGAACCGAUAAGGACCAGGAGAACUGGAAGGAAGUACACAAGCAGGUGGUGGACAGCGCCUAUGAAGUGAUCAAGCUGAAGGGAUACACCUCCUGGGCCAUCGGCAUGUCUGUGGCCGACCUGGUGGAGACCAUCAUGAAGAACUUGCGCAAGGUCCACCCUGUGUCCACUUUGGUCAAGGGAAUGCAUGGAAUUAAGGACGAAGUGUUCCUGAGCGUCCCCUGCGUGCUGGGCAACAGCGGGCUUUCAGACGUGGUGAAGAUGACCCUGAAGACGGAGGAGGAGGAUCAGCUGAGGAAGAGUGCUGACACCCUCUGGGGUGUCCAGAAGGAGCUGAAGCUUUAAAGGUUGCUGACCGGCGGAAGAGUACCAACACUGGUCACCCCCUCCCCACCCUACUACAAUCUUGACCGCUUCCCUUUGUGCAGCAGCCCCUCCGGCCGCUGGCCCUUGCAGCUCGAAGCCAGAGGUGGGCGGAAUGUGCUCCCAGCUCACAAGCCAAGGCCUGUGUAAAACUUGUGUGUGUCUCUCUGUCGUCCUUGCACUCCUGGUAGAUUAUUCGCAUCUGAAGAAAAGGAAACUGGCUUCUGGUGUAGGGGAUGGCUCUUGCUUUGGGUCUCUGUUUUUGUUUUACCUGACCAACAGAAUCAUUCCUUUCCGCCCUCCUCCUUCACGCAGAGACAAAUCCCAGACCGGAGCUGCUGUCUGGGUUUUGCCUCCCCACUAGCCACGUUGCUCCACACUCACUGACUGAAAACACAGCACCUGCCCUUUAAAGUAACUGGGCUUGAAAUUGGGUUGUUUCGUUAAGAAUAACCUGACUGUAACUAACACAAGGCCCCUCUGAAACUGGUGCUUUUUCUUGUCCAUCAGCAGACAAGUGCCACAAAAGAAAUAGAUGAAAUACGGGGUGCAACUGCUGGCAUGAAAAAAAUGGGGGUAAAAUUACUGCCCUUCUGGAACGACCAAGAUAGAUUUAUUUUUUAAUUAAAAAAAGAACUUUAACAGAGAACUAAAGGUAUUGAGCUACUGUGGUGCAUCCACAUAAGGAUGGAGAACCUCUGUUAGGAAUGGGAAUCUGGCUUUUGCGCUUGAUAGUGUCUGUGUAUUUAUCUAAGUAUUAUAUGUGCUGGGAGGUUUGUAUUGAUUUCUUCACAUUUCAGCCUUUGGUUACUGGUAUUUCACUCUGUGGUAGUGAAUGCCCCCCAUUUUGCAUCACAGUGUUGUCUAUAACAGGUCAUUCUGUAAAGGUGUAAAAAAAAAGACUGAAUUACAGGAUAAGGCAGCUGAGUGUUUCACUUGUAUUAUCUCCAACCACCAAAUAAACUUCCAGGACAAACAAUGGGUUAAA